CUGACACUCACGGAAUAAAGACGAAAGCGAAACUUUGUUCAGUUGUUAUGACGAAUAAUUACAACUGGGUUAAUAGUUUUUAUACUUUCAUAUAAAGAAACUGUGGAUCAAACGCGUUUAAGUUCCUUAAUUUCGCAAUGGCAAACUUAAAAUCGGAUUUGGACGAGUAUUUACUUCAGAACGAAAGUCGUCGAAGUUAUAAAAUUAGUUUGCCAUUCUCUACUCCUAGUUUCUUCUCACGAAAUAAUGACGAAACUCCCACUAGCACCAGCUCGACCGGAACUUGGUUUGAAAACGUACAAAAGGAGUAUUUUACACUAAGUCGGACGCAACGUUUCCUUGGUUUCGGUAUAUGUUUAUUCUUGGGAACCCUCUGCUUUAUAUUGUCAUUCUUUUAUAUACCUCUACUUUUAUUGAAAGCCAGAAAGUUUGCACUAUUGUUCACAUUGGGUAGCUUUUUCUUCAUACUCAGUUUCAGUUUUCUAUAUGGUCCCUGGGCACACGUGAAGUCUCUAUUCAGCAAGGAAAGAGCCUUAACAACAACACUAUAUGGGCUUUCUCUAAUAGCAACAUUAUACUGUGCACUUCAUCUGCAGAGUACUCCGUUAACAGUUAUUUGUGCCGUUGCCCAAGUAUUAGCUCUUAUGUGGAUGAUGCUUGGUUCCAUACCUGGUGGAUCAUCGGGGAUGAGAUUCUUUGGAAGCAUGUUUAAAUCAUCCGUGUCAAACACCUUGCCUAUUUAACAGAAAUUUAUUACGCAUUUUCUAACAUGCGAUAGCCUAUAUUACAUAAUCAUAGUUUUGUAAAGAUUAUUUUCUAUUUAUUAUAAACUAAGUUUAUAAAAUUGUAAGUAUGGAUAUGGAGGUGUUAAUAGUGAGUUUCUAUAUUAAUUUUAAUUUUAAAUAAAAUUCCUCUAAUGUACAUAAUUUCUUAGAUUUUAUACCUGUAUCUUUGUCAGAAUAUAACAUAUGUAACCAUUAAGCUAAUUUUGACCAAUCAAGUAUAACAUAAAUUAUGUUAAUUAAAGAUAGCUAAAAGUUUCCUUUGAGUGAAUUGUGGCUGAUUUUAUGAGACUUGUGCAGCAAAUCAUGUUAUUUUGAAUAUCAAUAACUACUGAAAUCUCUAGUACUUUUUGUAUUUUUUGUUCAUUUUCAUUGAAGUAUGUUGAUACUAAUAUUUUGUAUCAAUUUUAAUUGAAUUUAAAAUCGAAUCAAAUACAUUUAUAAUCAAAAAGGCGUACAUAUCACAAAGUAUAAACAAGCACAAAUUAAUUACUAUAUUAAAUCAGUAUACUGCUAUAUCUAAGUAUUAAGAUAUAAUUAUUUGUGCAAUUAUAUUAUACUUAUGAAUAUAUUAAAAAUACUGUACUCUUUCAUCUCCUUAUAGUUAACGUAUUUCUUUUCUUUUAUUUUUGAAUAAAAUUAUUCUACAAGUUUAGAUCCUGUCCUAAAAUGUUCUUUAUGUGUAUGCAAUAAUGUGUUUAUGAAAGUGUUGACAUUAUGAAGAUAUUUUGUAAAUAAAGGUGUGAAAGAUUAA